AUGGUCACUAAGGUGUUGGCUGACCGAUCGGUGAGCAAGAAGGAGGUUAUUCUGUGCGCUGUGCUGCGCUGCCGUAAAGCCCAAGUCCCGCAGGUGCAGCAGUGUUACCUGCUGGAGGAAGGAGUCAGUGUAGACAGUAAAUUUGAAAAUACAAUCAAGUACACGGUGAGAGCACAUAGCUCGGAAGAAGACAGAGAUCAGGGUGCCAUAGGUGGAAAGAAGGUCAUUAAUCGGACGUUUCUUUCUCUUUCCCAAAUUGCUACUCUGUCAGAACAAAAUGUAGAAGCAGUUCAAAAAAAGCUGGAAGAAUUUCUGAAUUUUAAACAGUUAAAGACACCUUUGAAAGAAGCUAUUUUGAUGGAUUAUUAUACUGCGGGAUUUUGUUGGGCUAAAGAAAUGAACUUCAGUCUUAUACAGCUCUCAGGAUUCAUGGAUCUAUUAAAUUUCCUGUUGGAGAACCUCAGUGACAAACAUAUGACCUUAGGAGACAAUUUAAAAGAACUUGGAAAAGCAAUGGCUGGAAUAGGAGAAACGGAUUCAGAAAGAAGUGGUGACUUGAAUUUCUUCAGCAUUGAGGAAGCCAAAGCAAUCAUUGAUUACUUGAACAUCAGCUUAUUUAAACACUAUGAACUAUAUGAAUAUGUCUUCCACAGUCCUAGAGAACAACUUGUGAUAAGUAAUGAG